CAUUUAUAUUACUAACUUCACAUUUCACACUCACACACUCACACACCAACACGCCCCUCUUUUCUAGGGUUACACAUUCGCCAUGGUUCAGAGACUCACAUACCGAAGGCGGCAUAGCUAUGCCACUAAAUCCAACCAGCAUCGUGUUGUUAAGACUCCUGGUGGAAAGUUGGUUUACCAGACUACAAAGAAGAGAGCCAGUGGACCUAAGUGUCCUGUUACUGGAAAGAGAAUCCAAGGGAUUCCACAUUUGAGACCUACUGAAUACAAGAGGUCUAGAUUGUCUCGUAACCGCAGAACUGUAAACCGGGCAUAUGGAGGUGUAUUAUCUGGAGGAGCUGUUAGGGAAAGGAUUAUUCGUGCUUUCCUUGUUGAAGAACAAAAGAUUGUGAAGAAGGUAUUGAAGAUCCAGAAGACAAAAGAAAAGCAAGCAUCAAAGAAUUAAGCUGAAUUGAUCAGGAAUGGAAAAAGUUCAAAUAUUAUGUCUCUUAAGAUUUGUCCUCAAGAGUUUUGACUAUGAAUGGUGUUAAUUAUGAAUGUGGAACUUAUUUUGAAAUUGAAUUAAUGGAGUUUUGUGUUUUCUGUUAGUUUUAGUUUUUAAUUAUACUUUAUUAUUGGAUUCUGUUUUUCCAGUGCAUAUUUUAAAUGGAAAACCUCUAAAGUGAAAUGGUUUCUAUUA